CUCGGGCGGCGCGAGGCGUCACGAAUCGAAUCGAAUCGAGCUCGAGCCGGAGGAGAGCGUCGGAGGCGGCGGGCAUGGAGGAUCUCAGCGUCGAGGAGCUCGCCUCCAAUCUCUCCACCUACAAGGACCAGCUCCGCGAGGGACGCCGGGUAUUGGAACAAUCUUUGAACUGCAGAGUUAAAAAAUCCUAAGGUUAGGAAGUUCAUCAAGGAGAAAAAAGAUGACGCUGGAAUUUCUGAAUAUGUUGAUAUGGAAAAGGAGCUUCAAGAGGUUAUUACAUUAACCGAAGAGCUUUUGGCAACUGCAAAUCCAAGUGAGAGUGCGCAGAAUGAUGUAGGUCUAUCACCGCCAAAUUAUUCUGCUGGAGUGCACUCAGAGGCACUGGAUGACCUCUCACAAUCCCAUGAAAAAUUUGCAGUUGGUACCAAAGUGCAAGCUGUGUAUAGUGAAGAUGGGGAGUGGUACAAUGCGACAAUUGAAGGUCUGACACCAAUUGGUUAUUUUGUAAGUUAUGAAGGCUGGGGAAACAAGGAAGAGGUGGACCCUGCUAAUGUCAGGGCACUUGACGUGGAAGCUGCUGAUGCUUUAGGACUAGCUGAAAAAGAAGCUGAAGCGACAAAAAUGGCAUUAAAGAGAAAAGUUGAACAAGCAGCAACAUCUGACUAUCAGAUUCGUAGCUUACCCACAAAACUUAAGAUCGAUCCAAAUGAUCCAGAAGAUGUGAAAGCUGCAAAGCGUAAGAAGAUCCAUGCUUUCAAGUCAAAAGCCCGCUUUGAGCAACUAGAUUUCGCACAGAAUAAGCGGCAAAAUGCAUGGCAACAGUUCCAGACUACCAAAGGAAAGGCUAAGAAGGUGGGAUUCUUUUCGGGUCGCAAGAAGGAGAGCAUCUUCAAGUCACCGGAAGAUCACAGAGGUAAGGUGGGAGUCACUGGUAGCGGGAAAGGCCUGACUGACUUCCAGAGGAGGGAGAAGCACCUUCAUCUCAAGGAUGGUUCUUCUGGGGAUGCAGUGGACUAUGAGGAAUAAAUCUGGUUUCACAAAGUUGCCAUGUCCGGCACUUUAUUGCCGGACUGGGCCUCUGUCAGAGCUUGUACUCCGUAAUUUGUAUGCUGAACUUGUUGAAAGCUAGAAAUCACAUAUAGAUAUUAACAUUGUCUUCCUCAAUGUUUAGUCUCAAUUUUGUGAAAGUCAUGUUUUCACUGCCCGAGUUUUACACCACAGUUUCAUCAAGUUUUUUCUCUGCAUCAUUUGUGGGAGUUCAAUA